AUGAGGCCGCCCCGAAUAGCGAUACUCGUGCUCUUCUUCGCCGCAUCCAUCUUCCUAUUCUGCCGCUCCGUCAGCUCCCUCCGCCGAUCCGGCCCCGCAGUGACGCCUGCCAGCCCCCAGAAGUCACAACUCCGUUCCUUCUUCUCCUUCACCGGCGCCUUCACCCUCUUCCCGCCGAAUGCGGCUAUCAGCCUCACCGAUGAUAACAGCACCUUCUUUCCCGCGCGUCCCGCCGCCUUCGGACCCCCACUUCCCGCCAAGGGGCUGAGCGGCCAGCUCUGGAUUGGCAGCGGAUUUACCGACGACAACCUCCAAGAUGGCGAGACUGAGGGCGAGCUCGGCUGCAGCGAUGUACCCGGCUGGGAGGACGGGAAAGCCGGCCUGGCGCUGAAGACAUCCGAGAAGGCUAUGCCGAACGCCGAACCUGCCACUGCAGAUGGCAAGGCCAAGCACACAAAGAGAACCGCGCACUCGCGGAAUCCUGUCGUGGACCGAGCAGCCGCAUCCCGGGCGCGGUUACAGAUCCAUCCAGACUCCCCUCCUCUCGACGACGGGACGGACGACUACCUCCAUCAGGGGUUCCAGCAGGCCAAGAGGAUCCAUCUCGAGACCUCGCCUGGUUCGGAGUCAAGCCACGCCGAUAUCCAAUCCAUACAAGAAGCAGCCGAGAUCACCGGCAAGGUUGUCUUGCUCAGCCGUGGCGGUUGCGGUUUUCUCGAGAAAGUGAAGUGGGCACAGCGCCGCGGAGCCAUUGCUGUAAUCGUGGGAGACAACCAGAAAGGCGGUCCGCUGAUACAGAUGUUUGCGAGGGGCAACGUAGACAAUGUCUCCAUUCCGUCCAUCUUCACCUCGCGAACCACGGCUCACCUCCUUUCGUCCCUGGUCCAGCCGGGAAGCUUCAUCGAGGAUAUCCUUGACGAGAACGGCAACCCAAUACUGAAAGUCCAACAGUCUGGUAAGCCUCGGAAGGGCAAGAAAACAAAACAGCUGCCCACGACUACGACGGCUGUGCCUAAAUCAACCGCGAAACCCAAAUCUGCAAAGGCGGCCAAGAGUGAGACGGAUAGUUCACCUAGAAAGGAGAAGUCGCAUACGCCCAAGAGCAGCCACCAAGGCAGUUGGUUCUCGCGGCUCUUCCACUGGGGUAGAGGGUCUGGCUCUGGCAGUAAUCAAAGCCGGCGGCCCAGCAGUGGGCGCUUGGAUUGGAUCAUGCUCGACGACUGGAGCGACGAGAAGGACCAGGUUAUCAGGACCAGCCUCGACAAGGCGGCCUCGAGAAGCCAGGAGGAGGACACGUCCAUCUCGAGCCGAGAGAGAUCCUCCGGAGACGACUUCCAGAUUGGCGUGGAAGACUGGCGUGAUCCCGACCUUGUUGGUUCACCAUCGACGCAAGGUGGCCAUGGUUCCCCUGCUGCCAACGACAUGGACUCACCGGCGGACGGACAAUCACGGACCGGAGAGUCGGGCACCUCUGCGAAGCACGCAGGGAAGAAGACGGCCCACGGAUCGUCAAAGGAUGCGAACGGACCAGAAGGAGGGAUCAACACUCCUGGGAGCGGGGAAUAUGUCCCCGAGAUGACGUCUGAUGGCUCUAGGUCUGGCACUGGGAGACCAGAGGGCAGCUCUGGCUCUCAGGGUGGUCUCAUUUCCAAGAUUUUCGGCGAAGAUGACGAGGACGACUUCACCCACGAUACAGAAUUCCGGCCUCCUAGCACCGAGAGUCCAGACCAGCCUCCGAAUGGAGACGAUGGUGAUGAUCUUUACCAUGAGGGCCUUUGGGUCACGAUCACGCCGAGCAGCAGUGCGAGCCCGUUCUUCGACACCCUUCUUGUCCUUGUCAUCAGCCCCUUGAUCACCCUGACUGUAGUCUACGCACUCCUCAUUCUGCGAGCUAAGAUCCGCAGGCGGCGAUGGAGAGCGCCCAAGUCGGUGGUGGACCGCUUGCCCGUGAGGACAUACCAUACAGUCGCCCCGUCGCCAAUCCCCUCGCCGAGGCAGCCAUCUCCAAUCAGCUCCUCGCCAACCACUCCACUGCUCCAGGGGUCCUCUCGCACACGGCCACGGCCACGAUCCCGGACCACUACUGGCGUUCCAGAACCUGCCGAUUCGCUGUUGAGGGUCGAUUCUGCCCUGGAGCUGCCGAGAUCACUGUCACGUGCGGAACACGAGAAACCCAAUAUAUCCAGCGAAUGGAAGAAAUACAUGGGAAGGCAGGUGGAGUGUGUCGUCUGCUUGGAAGAGUAUAUCGAUGGCGUCAGUCGUGUCAUGAGCCUCCCCUGUGGUCACGAGUUCCACGCCGAGUGCAUAACACCCUGGCUUACCACACGGCGGCGAACAUGUCCGAUCUGCAAGGGGGACGUUGUUCGGUCCUUGGCGCGAGGUUCUCCUUCCAGCCCGAGAUAUGAACCGUAUCAAGACGAUAGCGAAGACGACAACGAGGCGUCAGGAUCUGGAUCAAAUCGGCCUGCGUCGUUACAGGAAAGGGACUCAGACAUCGAGCAAGGCAUUCUCUCGCCGGAUUUGAGACGAGACCGGCGCCCCAAUAACGGCGACGGUUGGUUUCACAUGCUAUCGAACAGUCUUGGAUCUGGUGCAGGAUCCUUCCGGUCGGGGAGAGAGGACCUUGAAGAGGAUCGAGAUAGAUGA